AUGUCUAUGAAAUUCGAAAAACGAAACCGACCGCCUCUGUCCUGCGAACCAUGUCGCACACGGAAGUUGAGAUGUAACAGGCUUCUACCCUGUGAUACCUGCAUUAAACGGAACGUGCAGUCUACGUGUCAGUACGCUGCUAACGCUGUACGCGGCAAGAGCCAUACUUCAAGGCAACGUGCCUUGAAUGAUAGACUGAAGCGUCUCGAAGAUUCCAUCCAAUCAUUUGUUGUAGGAAACAAUGUCUCACAGGCAGACCCACGGCCACAGGCAGACCCACGGCCACAGUCAGAGGAGAGACAUACGAUUGAUGAAAGUCGAAGCCUUCCUAGGGCUCAUGAGGUUCCUGUCGCCAUGACUGGGCUGGCUGCAAGCAAUGGACCACGUACCGGGGACCAACAUCUCCAAGAGAAAGCAAUGCCCAGCAAUCUUCAUGCAAAUCAAGGUAGAAACAGUCACGUUGAUUCCAGUCACUGGGUUUCUAUUUUGGAGGAUAUCAAGGAAGUUCGAGAAAGUUUGUCUGCCGUUGAUCCCUUCUCGCUCAUUGAGCCGACAAGGGACGGUGGAAGUGAACACCCUGACUUAAGCCUUUCUGUGGGGUCAGAACAUCAAUCGAAAAUGAAGGAUAUCCUUGUCUCGCUCCCUACACGUGCUAUCUGUGAUAUGUUGGUGUCCCGGUAUUUCAAUGCUCGGUACAUGGUGUUAGGUAUCGUCCACUCGGGAAAAUUUCAGGAUGAAUAUGCAGAAUUUUGGAAAUCGCCGGAAAAGACACCUGUGCUUUGGGUCGCGCUUCUCUUCGGUAUACUCAGUGUAUCAGUCCACCUUCGCCUGAAAGUGAACACGGACGGAACAUUGAAUGGUUCAAUUCCACCGCCUGGUAUCCUCCAACAGAAGGCGGCACAGUGUCUUACACUGGGAGGGUAUAAAACAGCCAAGGCUUAUGCCUUAGAGGCAUUGCUCCUGUAUACUCAGAGUGGCUUUUUGAGCGACAUGAAAACCAGUUCCCGACAAUGGUUUGAUAUUGGGAUUAUGCUCAGACUAGCAUUUCGCAUGGGCUACCACCGUGACCCUAGCACUCUACCAGGGUCUACCACACCAUUUGAUAGCGAAAUGCGACGCCGGGUGUGGCUGCAUAUCUUCCAGCUGGACGCGCUCUUAAGCUUCCAAAUAGGCCUUCCAAGUAUGAUACCGGCUGAGUGCUGUGAUACCCAUGUUCCCAGGAACCUAUACGACGCCGAUCUUCAUGUUGGGAUGUCGGCAUUGCCUCCGUCUCGGCCGUCUUCAGAAUACACUCCUAUCCUCUAUAGUAUCUCCAAGGCCGGUGUAAUGAGCAUCUUCAAAAAGAUUGUUGCACAUACAAUUUCACUUGCAACGCCAUCUCACAGCAGAACCAUCACUUUGGAUGCCGAGAUGAGAGGCGCCUACACUCUGGUUCCUGACUUCCUUAAACGGAGAGACAUCAGUCAAUCUCUCAUGGACUCAUCCGAGGUGAUCCUGAACCGAUGUACGAUCGAACUCCUGUACCUGAAAGGACUCGUGGUCCUGCACCGGCGGUAUAUCCGGUACGAGCAUCAAGACGCCAAAUCCGAGCUUUCACGAGGCUUUUGUGUGGAAGCCGCUCUUGAAAUUCUUGCCCGCCAAGAAGACAUGCAUCAAGCAUUCCAGCCUGGUGGCCGUCUACAAGAGGACCAGUGGAUGAUUUCAUCGCACACAAUCUAUGAUUUCCUCUUAGCUGCAAUGGUCAUCUGUCUGGAUCUAUCCGUGCGUCUCGAAUCUCAUACGACGGCGUUUAUAGCCGAGGGCGCAGACCACAGCUUUGUUUCGCGAGAGAUAGUUGCACUGAAGACCUCCCAAAAGAUUUGGGCUGCUGAUAGCCAUCGCUCGCAGGAAUCUCGCAUUGCAUCGCUUGCGCUGGACUUGAUGGCCCGUAAGGUGGCUGAACGUCAGGCUAUCUUCUCAUACAAUGAUGCUACGUUCAUGGACGUUCCUCGAGGGCUGAACCUAGAGCUGCCCUAUAUGGAACCAAUGUCGGAAAUGAUUGAUGGCUCAGAGACACUUGACUGGCUCUUGUUGGACCAAUAUUUCCAGAAUUCUGGUCUCGAGGCGUCUCAUGUUGACCCGAGCAACGGGAUGAGUGGGUUCUUAACGGAUGAUCCUGGAGCAUUUGACCCUUGUGCGUAG